GAGGGGCUCCUGGGGACCCAUAUCUUGGGCAGUAGGACUUGGCUCUCCCCCUGAGGCCAGGGAGUCCUAGGUCCCAGGUCCCCUGAAGACCCUCUCGCUUUUCCCACAGACACUGGAGAGCAGCGUCCUGUGCCAGGAGGAGGGCUUGGGCACGCGGGAACUGGCCCAGGACGCUCAGACCACCAGCCUUCCUGCCCGCAUCAAGGAGAUUGUCACCCGCAACCUCUCCCAGCCUGAGAGCCCAGCCCCACUGCCGGCCACGGAGAUGGCAUCGCUGCUGUCACUGCAGGAGGAGAACCAGCUGCUGCAGCAGGAGCUGUCCCGCGUGGAGGACCUGCUGGUCCAGAGCCGUGCCAAGUGUGAUGAACUGGCCAUUAAGUACAACGCGGUCAGCGAGAGGGACAAAGAACACAGCCAAGACCUGGGGAGCGCCCUCAUUGGGCUGGAGGAGGAGCAGCAGAGGAGUGCCAGUCUGGCCCAGGUGAAUGCCAUGCUCCGAGAACAGCUUGACCAGGCAGGCUCGGCCAACCAGGCUCUGAGUGAGGACAUACGAAAGGUGACCAGCGACUGGGCACGCAGCCGCAAGGAGCUGGAGCAGCGGGAGGCAGCAUGGAGGCGUGAGGAGGAG